UUUCGGCCACCGAGGCCGUGUUGAGCUUCUGUCGGAUUGGAUUUGGGAUUGACUUGAAAUCUUGAGAAAUCAGCUGAGGAUUGGAUUUUGACUCUCUACAAAUCCAAUCAAACUAUGAGAACCGAUCAUUUUAACAGCAAGCCAUAGAGCGCGAGUGAACCUCACGGGCCAAGACUUAAUUAGGCCAUAGGGUUUAACUAUUGUUGAUUAUGGAAUUACUCCAGGAACACACCAAUAAUGCAAUCUGAGACGCCUCGGCAACGGCUUUUUGCCGCUGCUUGGCGAGGAGAAGAGAUCAAAGUGAAAGAUAUCAUUCUGAAGGAAAAAGUGCCCAUUAACGCCUGGGAUGAGAACCAUGUCACGGCGCUCAGAUUUACUGCUCAGUAUGGACACUACGACUUGACCGUAUUUCUGUUAGACCACGGGGCUGACCCUAAUAUCAAGGCUCAUGACAAAAUCGAUCCGUUGUUGGCCGCCAUUGAAAAGGGACACAAGGAGAUCGUCCAAUUGUUGCUCCAACGCGGUGCCAAUAUUCAUUCUCAGGCCAAGGGCACCAAUGGCCUCCUAUUGUCGAGAGAAAAAGGACACACCGAGAUUGAAGCCAUUUUGUUGGAAGCUGGAGCCAAGGAAAAACUGGCUUUUUGGCAAGAUAAGAAGUGUUCAAUUACGUAGCCUCAUUUAGUCAUCUGAAUUUUGCAUUGAAAAUAGACCUAGAUUUGAGACAAUUAUCUUCAUCUACGAAUGAAUUGAGCCCUCCUGGUGGGGUGAGCGAGUCGUUGUGUUGGUCGAAGGUAAACUACCCGAUGGAUGUCGACUCUGACUAUGAUGGUGAUGAUGAUGGUGAUGAUGGUGUUUGCUCCCGUCACCUGGAAGCAGUUGAUGGCCAUCCAAACCCCAUUGUUCCACAGCCUUUUGUGCCAUGAUUUCAUCGGUCUGCUCCGAGGUCUGCAAUUUACCAAGAAAAUAGGUCAGCGAUCGGGAACAAAUAGAGCCAAUGGGUGAUUUGAUUUUACCGAAGUCAAGCAUCGAAUUGCCUCUUUAGGCGUUUGACAUCCGAAGAGAGCGGUUUUAGUCGUCUCUAUGAGUUGAAUGGCAAGGUAAAUCAAAAUUACAAAAGAUCCACCAAUUACUUUAUCCCAGACUUUUUCCAA